CUUCAUCUCCAAGGCGUGCCAUUUUGCUCUCAUUACUCUCUCUCUCUCUCUCUCUCUGAGCAAAAACUCCCUCCGACGACAAACAUCAAUAGCUCUGCUAGUUCAUGUUUCCUUCUCUCAUUUCCAUUACCAAGACAUUUUCAGAGAGAGAAAAGCAAAUGUAUCACUGUAUGCUCCAAUAAUGGCUACUUUCUAUAGCUAGCUGUUUCCUUCACAUCAUUUCCAUAGCCUUCUAUGCCAGCUUUUGAGUCUACCUUAGCAGACAAAAACUGAGGGAUCGACAAGCUCUAAAUCUAAAACUUCCGACUUGUCACACUCUCUGUUCCAUCAUUUUCUUUCGCUCUGCCUCCCUUUUGUUAAAUCUCCAUCACAUUUUCCAUACAUAAAAACAUGUAUGGGUGGGAGAAAACACUGAGAGAAGAUAGAUACAACCCUGAGAGGAAAAACCCAUCUUUCUCUUCGACUCUUCUCGACAAAAUUUACCGUUCCAUCGACGAAGGAGACAAAAGCACUGAAGAAUUGAAAUUUUACAGGGAAACAAUGGGAAAGAAACAGAGCAGAGCUAGUGGCAAAAGCAACAGAACUCUGGAAGAGGAAGGGGCGACGAGCGUUCGCGGAUCCUGUUUGAUCGAUAAAUGGAUGGAGAAGAAGGUCAGCGCAAAGGUCGGCUCUCAACGGAGACAGAAUUUGACGGAACUGGAGAGAAAACCACGGAACUAUCAUGAUCAUGACCAUGAUGUUCUGUUCUUCAGCUCUGCUUCAUGCUCCUCAGACUCUAGUUCCGGAGGAUUCUCAUCCUCUGAUACCGAUUCCAUGUACGGCUUGAAAUCCAGUUCCUCGUGUUUUCUACCUUCAAGGCCGAAGCCUGUAAGGACCAGCGUCUCGGCUCGACCGGAGAGAUCAGAGAAAACAGAGAGAAAACAGAGGGCUCUGUUUCAUGAGCAGAGGGAGGUGCACAUGUUUGAUGAUUACCAUUAUAGUUCUGCUACAGGGGAGGCUCCAAAGGAUGACGAAGUCGUGAUUAAGUCAAAAUCGAGGGCGCUAAAGAUUUAUGCCAAUCUAAAGAAGGUGAAACAACCAAUUUCACCGGGCGGUCGCCUCUCCAAUUUUCUCAAUUCUCUGUUUACAACAGGGAAUGCAAAGAAAACGAAGAACUCGCCGUCCAUUGGAGGCUACGAUGAUGCAGCAGUGGAGAGGAAAUCUAAGUCGGUGCAAGCGUCAACCUGUUCAUCCGCAUCUUCAUUUUCAAGAUCAUGUCUAAGCAAAACUUCACCUUCUUCUAGGGAAAAGCUACGCAAUGGGGUUAAAAGGACGGUACGAUUCUGCCCUGUAAGCGUAAUUGUUGACGAAGAUUGUCGGCCAUGCGGGCAUAAAUGCCUGUACGAAGAAGAAGACCCGAGUACUCUAGUACCUGUGUCGGUAGCAACCGCGUGGAAAAUCGGACGAUCAACGACAAGAAAGAAUGAAGAAGAGCUCAGGCUCCAGGUCCUCGAGAAAAGCCGGCGAGUGGAAGAGGCGGCAAGAGAGUUUUUGAGAGAUUAUCAUCAGAAUCACAAAAAGAACGAGUUAAUAAUGAGAGAUUUUCGCGGCAAGGAUCAUGGCGGCGAGUAUGAUGAAGACGAUGAUGCGGCGAGUUGUUCAAGCUCGGAUCUUUUCGAGCUUGAUCACCUGGCAGUAAUGGGAAACAAUAGGUACCGUGAAGAGCUUCCGGUGUAUGAAACUACUCAUGUUGAAACCAAUCGGGCCAUUGCUAAUGGCCUGAGAAUGUAAUUCUGGUUAUAUCACACAGAGCAAAAGCUAUAUAAUUUCUUUCUCUUAA